CGCGCUCCGAGCCACUAUCCAUUGAGACACUUCUCCUGAAACAGAAACAAGAGAAAGAAGCUGCCGCCAAGCCUAAAUUUCUGACGAAAGAAGAACGCGCGAAGAUCGCUAUAGCUAAGCGCGCGCAGGAACUCCGAAGCUGAACAGAUUCGAGCGCAGGAGCGGAGCCGAGAGUCCAGCGCGCGGUACGGCCGAAACGAUGACCGUUAUGGAAACCCUGACCGUGACCGCGAGCGCGAUAACCGCCAUACUGGUGGACGCGGACGCGACCACCGCCGUCCACCACCCCCCGGCCCAUCGUCCUCAUCUCGAGACGGCUACCAAAAUGUGCCUACAGGACCUCGUGCAGACCGUAGUAAAACUGGAACCCCUUCGUCGGGCUCUUCGUCCAUGCCCCCACCUCCUGUUCCCACUCAUGCUUCAGAGCGAAGAAACGAUCACGAGGCGGCCGACAUGGAAUCAUUCGUUCCCGACAUCAGCGAAGCUGACCGCGAAGCGAUUCGAUCACGAUAUUUGGGUGUCGAUAAGAAGAAACGGAAGAUUCGCAAAAUCAAUGACCGGAAGUUCGUGUUCGACUGGGAUACUCAGGAUGACACGCUUGCCGAGGAUGCGCCAUCUGUUGUGGGUGGACAGCGGCAGGGGGCUCAGAUCUUGUUUGGGCGGGGCCGUGUGGCCGGCAUGGAUGACGGUGGCGGAACGAGAAAAAGUUCGGACAGCAACACCUAUCAUGCCGACGCCAUGGAACGGAGGAAGGCUGCGAAGGGUGGAACCGAUGAGAGACACUGGACAGAGAAGUCGUUGGCAGAGAUGAAAGAACGAGAUUGGCGUAUCUUCCGGGAGGACUUCAGCAUCUCCGCUCGUGGUGGGCAGAUUCCUCAUCCGCUACGGUCUUGGACCGAGUCACAAAUUCCCAAGACGAUAUUGGAAUGCAUCGAAGAGAUCGGAUACAAAGAACCCUCGCCCAUCCAACGCCAAGCUAUCCCCAUCGGCCUGCAAAACCGCGACAUUAUUGGCAUCGCAGAAACAGGUUCGGGUAAAACAGCGGCCUUUGUGAUUCCGAUGCUGGCGUUCAUUGAGAAGCUCCCUCCAUUCACUGACGAGAAUCGGCAUCUCGGGCCGUAUGCAUUGAUCAUGGCACCAACACGUGAGCUGGCGCAACAGAUCGAGUCGGAAGCGCGCAAGUUUGCGGGCCCGUUGGGAUUCAAAUGUGUCUCCAUCGUUGGUGGGCGCGCGGUCGAAGAACAGCAGUUUAACCUCCGCGAGGGAGCGGAGAUCAUUAUCGCUACCCCUGGUCGUCUGAAGGAUGUGAUCGAGCGGCAGGUGAUAGUGCUUUCUCAAUGCCGGUACAUUGUCAUGGACGAGGCCGAUCGGAUGGUUCAUCUUGGAUUUGAAGCGGACCUCACGUUCAUAUUGGACAAGCUGCCGUCGGAUAUGCUUGAAGGCGAGGACCCAGGAGAGGCGAUGGAUGUCGACGGCGAAACAAUGGUGAAAAAGGGGCGAACACGGGUGACGACGUUGUUUAGUGCCACCAUGCCGUCUGCCGUGGAACGGCUUGCGCGUAAAUACCUGCGGAGACCGGCGGUGAUUACCAUCGGCGAGGCUGGACGGGCGGUUGACACCGUCGAACAAAGGGUCGAGUUUAUUUCGGGCGACGAGAAGAAGAAGCAACGGAUGCUGGAAAUUCUGAAUAGUGGGACGUAUCCGGCACCGAUUAUAGUAUUCGUCAACCAGAAGAAGACGGCCGACAUGGUGGCCAAGGAUCUUGGGCGGGCCAACUGGAGUGCGUCGACGUUGCACUCGGGCAAGAACCAGGAGCAGCGGGAAGCAGCAUUGCAAGCCCUGAGAAGCGGCGAUGCUGACAUCUUGGUGGCGACGGAUCUGGCUGGCCGCGGAAUUGAUGUGCAGGAUGUCAGUCUUGUUAUCAACUACCAGAUGGCCAACUCCAUCGAAGCAUAUGUACAUCGUAUCGGUCGAACUGGCCGGGCCGGCAAACAGGGUGUCGCGAUAACAUUCUUGACGAACGAGGACGACGAAGUCAUGUAUGACCUCAAAAAUGGUAAUCUUCCUAGGGCUGCUGCUACGAUUGAUCUGAUCUUGCACCCCAGAGAUUGCCAAGAGCCCCGUCAGCAAGGUCCCCAUCGAAUUGGCCAAGCACGAGUCUGCCCAGCACCGAGUCUCCAAAGAAAUGAAACGGAAAAGAGAGGCGGAGGACCAGGGCUAGCACGGAUUAGAUAUACCCCAUGUGCUCGUAUCUACCAUGACGUAAUCCGCGCAAAACGCAUCGGUCCGGCUAUUGA